GCCGAGCUGGCGGCGAUGGAGUUUGGAAAGGUUGCGGUGCUGGCGCGGCGCGGCGGGCGCGACGCGCCGCUGGAGGCCGACGCCCAGCCCCGCCCCGCUGUGGUGACGGUCAUGGGGCAUGUGGACCACGGCAAAACCACGCUGCUCGACGCGCUGCGCAGCACGGCCGUGGCGGCGGGGGAGGCGGGCGGCAUCACGCAGCACAUCGGCGCGUUUGAGGUGCAGAUGCCCGGCUCCCGCCAGUCGCUCACCUUCCUGGACACGCCGGGCCACGCCGCCUUCUCGGCCAUGAGGGCGCGCGGCGCCGCCGUCACCGACCUGGUGGUGCUGGUGGUGGCGGCGGACGACGGCAUCAUGGCGCAGGCGCCCAUCUCGCACGCGCGCGCCGCGGGCUGCCCCAUCGUCGUCGCCAUCACAAAGUGCGACGCGCCCAACGCGCAGCCGCAGCGCGUGCGGCAGCAGCUGAUCGCCGCGGGGCUGGAGACGGAGGAGGCGGGCGGCAGCAUCCAGGUGUGCGGGGUGCUGGGUGUGGUGGAGGUGGCGGCUGUGACGGGGCAGGGGCUGGAGGAGCUGGAGGAGGCGCUGCUGCUGCAGGCGGAGUUGAUGGAGCUGGGGGCCAGCCGCAGCCGGAGGGCCGAGGCGGUGGUCAUCGAGGCCAAGGUGGACAAGGGGCACGGCCCAGUGGCAACAGUGGUGGUCAAGCGCGGCACGCUCAAGGUGGGGCUGCCCAUGGUUGUGGGCACAGAGUGGGGCCGCGUGCGCAGCCUGCGCGGCACGGGCGGCGCGGCGGUCAAGGAGGUGCUGCCGGGGCAGCCCGCCGAGAUUGCGGGGCUCAAGGGCCUGCCGCGGGCGGGAGACCAGCUGCUGGUGGUGGACAGCGAGGAGCGCGCGCAGGUGAUCAGCCGGGCGCGCACCCAGAACGCGGAGUUCCACCGCCGCGCCUCCGUGGCUCGCAUGCUUGCGGAGCAGCGGCGGGCGUCGGAGGGGGGGGAGGCGGAAGGGCCGGGGCAGGGGCUGCACCGCACCCUGCACCUCGUCAUCAAGGCGGAUGUGCAGGGGUCUGCCGAGGCGGUGCGCCAGGCGGUGGCGCACAUGAGCACGGAGCACGUGCGGGUGCAGGUGGUGCACGUGGGGGUGGGGCCGGUGUCCCAGUCGGAUGUGCAGCUGGCAGUGCCCCUGGGGGCCAAGAUCCUGGGCUUCAACGUGCGCACGGCGGCGGCCGACGUGGACGCUCUCGCCAAGCAGCACGGCAUCGAGGUGCGCUGUCAGCGCGUGAUCUACGGCCUGCUGGAGGAUGUGGGCAGCCUGCUGGUGGGCGCCUCUCCCAAGGUGGAGCACGAGGUGGUGGCGGGCACCGCCGAGGUGCUGCAGGUCUUCCAGCUCAAGGGCAACAGGGGCAAGGAGGCGGGCGUGGUGGCGGGGUGCCGCGUGGCAGAGGGCUCCGUCAAGGCAUCCCUCAAGUAUCGCGUGCUGCGCAGCGGCGAGGUGGUGCAUGAGGGGCGGUGCGCCUCCCUGAAGCGCCACAAGCUGGAGGUGGAGACGGUGGGCAAGGGCACCGAGUGUGGCGUGCUGCUCGACGGCUUCCACGACGUGCGCCCAGGAGACCAGCUUCAGUGCAUCGCCGUCGAGAUGCGCAACGACGCGCACGUCAACACGGGCCCCGAGAACAAGUGGUGACCUUUCCGCAGCGCCUGCUGCUGCACCGCCGAAGUUGGGCGCAGCGGCUAGGUCGUUCGCCGCUUCAUUUUAUUGCAUGCGCUCACAUUGGCGCCUCUGGACUAUUGCUCUGCAUUGCAUGAAUCCUUUCCCUAUUCAAUGAGUUUGAUUGCCU